UCCAGUGCCAGCCAGAGUAACCAUAGCUGUACAUCCGUCCCAUCUUCACCCGCCACUCCUGCCAGUGGCUCGAAGACUCCACAGCAGCUAUCUCGCUGUUACGAGAAGCCCUGGCUUGUAAACAGCAAGGCUAGCACGCCCUCUAGGGGCUCCGACUACUCAGACUACCAGAUUUCAUCAUGUGAGGUUACACCAGCUCAGAGCAGCAAAAUGAAGAAAGCAGCCAUCCACACAAGCCGGUCAUCCCUCACAGGAGAUAUGAGUACAGCCACACCUUCUGGUGCCAAAUCCAGCCGACCUGACCCGAAGAAAAGUAGUAGUCGUGCUGGAAGCCGAACUGGAAGUCGAGCCAGCAGUAGGAGAGGAAGUGAUGCCUCCGACUUUGACCUUUUAGAGACUCAGUCAGUCCUGCUCAGACACCUCAGAGAGCAGUGCUACUGGUGGACCUUCCCGCAGAGGACUGUCUAAACCUUCCAAAAUCCCCACCAUGUCAAAGAAAACUACCAGCACUCCUAAAACUUCGGGCACAAAGAGAUAG